UGCUACGUUUUCAGUGUACUAGCUAGUAUACGACGUUUUUGGAAAUAUUUUUCAACAUUUAUCUAAAUAGAAUGAAGGCCAAGGGAUUUGCAGUUACCCAUCACCUGUAAAGGUAAAGCGUUUAGUUAGCAGGUUACGGACAACUAACAUAGUUAUUUUACUCGCCAUUUUGAUAAGAGCUACGACCCGAAAUUAUUUUAAUAGCAAGUUAGGAGGGCAGUUUUGCCAUCCCUAAUUAUUUUUCAUAACCUUAACCAAAUUGUCCGAACCUGCAACAUUGAAUUUCAUAAACCCGUUGCGUAAUACUUUGUACUAAUCUGCUACGAAAAAGUAACUUCCGGUCGUAACUGUAUCGAAGUGGCGCGAAGAGUGUUUCUCAUGGUUAGAUAACGACAUCUCCAAAUACGAUGUAGGCAUUUGGCCAGGUAAUUUAUAUAGUGGAAAUUACAUUAUCUGUCUAGUUCAUGUGGAGAGGAAUGUCAUCGGGGUGUUUUUGAUUACUUUGUAGAGACAUUGGUCCAAAAUGGAUGUUGACGUUAAACUAGAGGAAGAUGAGAGGGAGAUAUCCCAUACAGUAAUUUGGUCUGAUUCGAUUAAUGCCUGGGUAGAUUACCCAAAUUCAACAUUGUCAGAAAACACAGAAACAGGUUACCAUGUGGGUUUACUGAAAGAGCAUUCACAUGUACCUCCCAUCAGUCCCCAAACAACAAGCCACGGGCAGAUUUUACGUCUUUUUCCUGAAAUGACCGGGACCGGAGCAAGUGAUGGGGAGAACAGGGCUGUCAAAGUGGUUUAUUUCUGUAAAGAUCAAGAUACCAUCGGCACAUCUGAAGGGAAUUCAAUCAAAGAGCAGUCAUGGCAUUUAGCACCGUCCAGUGAUAUUCUGACAGGACAUGCAUCCACUUUCAGUGGUUAUUUUGAAGCUCAAAUCAACCCAACUUCACAGGUUUCUAGGCAAACACAGACCAAUAAUAAAUUGCCCUCUGACAAUGUUAAUAUCCCAAGCCCUAGUACUGCCAUUCAUUCUGUGCUAACCUCACCUGCUCCAGAAAACGACUGUCAUUUAGCUGUAUCUACUAGGCCUAUUCUUCCGGAAUAUUGUGAGCCAUUGAACUUUCCCUCUGAUGAAGAGGAAGACUACAAUGCCAAUUUAAGUCAAAGACGACAAUGGCGGAAAACGUUAGAGGAUAAAUGGAUACGUCAGUGUCGUGGCAGUUACUCAAGACCCAACCUAAGAAAGUUUACGAGAUAUUGGAAAGAUCCAUAUGUCAAGUGCAAGGAGAUCGGUGUAGAUUUCAAUGUUGGAUCUGGAGCGAAACAGAAACUGAAUUUGCAUUUACUGACAGUUGGUGUAAUGCUUGAGGUGUCAGAAUAUGCUAGAAUCAUUAAUAGAUCUCGCCCUCAUGUUAUCUUUGAUAUUCUAGAUUACAACUUUGUUCUUGGUGUACAAAAUGAACAACAAUAUGACUUUUCACACAGGGUAGAAAAGAAAUUAAAAGAAAUGCUGAAGAUGCAUUCUAAGAGAACACCUGAGUGGUUAACAGAAGUCUUUGACCUUCCUGAUCCAAAGACAGUUACAGUUUUGGAAUACUCCCUUAAAUGGGCACAGUUCUAUUUGCAAAACAGCUUGUCAAAUCCUACACCUUUUGACGUUUGCAUAAAGGAGGAGCCUGUUGUGGGCCUGAUCUCUCCUCUGCAUGUGAAGACUGAGAGCUUCUCCACUGAGACAGAUGUGACACGGUGUGCUGAUGAGACGGCAAUCCUUGGCCCUGAAAAUGGACGUAAUGAUACCUGCACAAGGUAUGAGCCUUAUAUGGGCAUCGUCUGUCCUCAACAUGUCCAGACGGAAACCUUCCCAACUCAGACAGAUAUAAAAAUGGAUCAAUCCUUCAUGAUGCCUACUGUAGAAGAAGCAUUGAGGGAACUCUACCCGAUCUGUAAGGGAAAAGGACUUGACCUUGUUGUGAAAUCAAAAUAUGGGAAAAAUAAGAAACUUGACUUGCAUCUAUUGACCAGAGAUGUAAUGUUUGAAUUGGCUGAUUUUGCCUCACAAGUGUGUGGAAAUCGGAAGCAGGUUGUGUGUGAGUUUCUCGAGCAUAAUUUUGAUUUGGAUUUAAAAAGUGGGAAAACUGAGCUGGCCGAAGAUAUUAUGAGAAGGUUAAGAGCAGUUUUACGGCGCAAGACAGGUAAAAAACGUACAUGGAGAUUGGGACUUGAAAAUGAAGCUUUCUUAAAGAAGUCACGCAAACGAAAGAACCCUGCGGAGAUGUCCACUAACCAGAAGGUCACUACAGCAUCACUUGAGCCGAAAUACCAAAUGAAAGAAGUAUCGAAAAGGAGGAGAUUGAAUUUAAUGAGGAAGAAGAAAGACAUGGACAUGUUAGUAACCAAGGAGACCGAGGGAGGCCAUUUCUCUGAAGUAGUACAAAUAGAACCUCGUCUUGUCAAAAUAGAGAGAAUCUCUGAUGAGACUGACCUUGCACUUUGUACUGACGAAACAAAGCAAAUUGACGUUAGCAACUUGGACCAAUCAAAUGUGACGUCUCACACCAUAAAUAUGGUGAAAACCAUAGCGUGCUACCCACUCUGUGAGGAAAUAGGUGUGGACCUAGAUGUCACAUCCAAACCAUCUAAACAGAAACUGGAAUUGAAUUUACUGACAAACGGUGUCAUAUUUGAGGUGCAUAAAUAUGCAGGGGUAAAAUCCCAUCAUAAAAAAAAAAAAAGUGGGCGCAUUCUCAUUGAUAUUCUAAAAUACAAUUUUGAUUUUAGUUUGCAAAAUCAGAGACGUGAUCUAUUUCCACUGCAUAUUUGCUGUAAAGUGAAACAAAUGGUUCAGAAACACAAAUCUGAGCUUGUGAGAAAAAGAGAAAUCUCAAAAGAGGUGUUCAUAAUACCGAGUGUGCUUAAAAGCCAAGCAAAAACAACUGCGCUUUCAGAUGAUUUUCCUGACAAAAAUAUGGAACAAAACGCAAGGCUGGUUUAUCCUCAUCAUGGUAAAGACACUAUCUCCGUGGAGACAGCUGAAACAGUCUCCAGUGAUGAAGCAGCGAUGCUUGACCGGGAUAAUGGACCUGCUGAGAUCUGCAUAAAGGAGGAGGAGGAGUCAGAAUCUUCACUCUGAGGUCAAACUGGUUUAUUUCUGAAAAAGACCCAAGAUACCGUCAGAACAUCUGAAGAGCAUUUGAUCAAAGAUGGAUCAUGGCAUGGAUCAACACCCAGUAAUAUUCUGACUGGAAAUGUAUUCAGCCUUCCACAGUCACCACUACCAGCUGCAGAAAGUGGUCCUUUCGGAAGUAAAACCGAGCCAACUUCACAGAUCUAACCAGACGGUCCAAUGCAGAAUCACUCGAGACAAAAUACCAUAAACUUGACAGAAGUAACCAGGGGAAAAAGGGGUUUAAUGAGGAUAAAUACAUGUUUAUAGCCAAGAAGGAAAAGAAAGUUGUCAGACAAGUAGAACCUCAUUGAGAUGAGAUGGAUCUGCCAGGGAAAAGAAAAGCGCUUCCUUUACUUCCUGACUGAGAUCUCAGGGGGGGGGGGUACAAGAUGGAAAGAAAAGUCUGAUCUGCUCGCUGUGAAACGCCAGUUUAUCAUUUGCCUGAAAAAAAAGUGAGAAAAAGAUUGAUAUUGUUGGACAGGAUGGAGUUUCAGUCUGGACAGGAUGGAGUUUUAGUCUGGACAGGAUGGAGUUUUAGUCUGGACAGGAUGGAGUUUUAGUCUGGACAGGAUGGAGUUUUAGUCUGGACAGGGUGUAGUUUUAGUCUGGACAGGAUGGAGCUUCAGUCUGGACAGGAUGGAGCUUCAGUCUGGACAGGAUGGAGCUUCAGUCUGGACAGGAUGGAGCUUCAGUCUGGACAGGAUGGAGCUUCAGUCUGGACAGGAUGGAGCUUCAGUCUGGACAGGAUGUAGCCUAACUGGAAAAACAGAAAUUGGUACACAAGAAGGAGGAGCACUAGUAUUUUUAGGAUUAAGUGAAAAUAGGGAGACAAUGUAUUUGCAUUAAGGGUUUAGUCUUUGAAUCGUGGAUUUGUGCAGAUUCCCUUGGCCUUCCUUCCUGUUUAACCUCUGAUGUCUGGUCUUGCUGUAGAGACUGAAUACAGCAGGAUUAUUGCCAGACUUUUAUUUGUUUUCUUUCUUUCUUUUACGACGUAUUCAUUGACGAAACGAACUCCACUACAAAUACAAGCCUCUAUAGAAGAACCUCUGAUCCUUUUUUUUGUCAGAAAUAAAAAGACAAAGAUGUUUUAUUUUCUAAGAGUAUGUAGUAGUAGCAUUAGUGAAAUAACCUACUAUGAUGGAUCAUAUUUUUUCUUUUUUUAUCAGUGGGCUAUUUUUUUAUUUAUUUUUUCCUUUUUUUGUGGAAAGAUUCAGAGACUGUAUCCAGACCUGCCUUACUGUUACCAAUAUAUUCCAUUUUUUUGUGGAAAGAUUUAGAGACUGUAUCCAGACCUGCCUUACUGUUACCAAUAUGUUCCUUUUUUGAACAGGGAGUUAUUCUACCGUAAACUAAGAUUAUUUUCACAUAUUUUUUUUUUUUUUUAAGGAUACUUCCACUGACAUUCUUAGAGCUGUCAUUUUAUUGCGAGGAACUGCAGUUCGAUCGGAAUAGUUUUUCUGUUUUCGUCCUCUGUUUUGUGAGUGACCCUCUCACUCAGUCAACUCGUCUCAGUGCACAAGUCUCCCCUUCUCCAGACACCGCGUAUGAAUCAGAAUCCGUAGCUCGUUGUGACACGUGAGCCUCUGGAUGAAAAGCAGAGUAUCUCUAAAGCAGCGUGGUCCUAUCAGCCCCUCAUGUUGGACUAAACACUUUCAACUCUACACAAGUGAAAACCCCAAAUCCCUAAAGAUCCUCUAUUUGCCAUACUAGAGGGACAUGAAGUCUGACUCCAUCCUCAACAUGUGGACCUGCCCUGAGGAUGUUGGACACCACUGUUACACCUUCAGCCUUCGUUGAUUUCCUGUCAGACUGGUUGUUUUUCAACUCCAUUCCACGGACGGACUGACCUGAACUUUUACCAGAACAGGAACACAAUGUUCAUCAGACUCCCUCCUCACCAGUGGACUGACUACUCAGACUGGUUGUCUUUGAACUCAAGAGGAUCACAAUGUUCAUCAGACUCCCUCCUCACCAGUGGACUGACUACUCAGACUGGUUGUCUUUGAACUCAAGAGGAUCACAAUGUUCAACAGACUCCCUCCUCACCAGUGGACUGACUACUCAGACUGGUUGUCUUUGAACUCAACAGGAACACAAUGUUCAACAGACUCCCUCCUCACCAGUGGACUGACUACUCAGACUGGUCGUCUUUGAACUCAAGAGGAUCACAAUGUUCAUCAGACUCCCUCCUCACCAGUGGACUGACUACUCAGACUGGUCGUCUUUGAACUCAAGAGGAUCACAAUGUUCAACAGACUCUACUCAGACUGGUUGUCUUUGAACUCAAGAGGAUCACAAUGUUCAUCAGACUCCCUCCUCACCAGUGGACUGACUACUCAGACUGGUCGUCUUUGAACUUAAGAGGAUCACAAUGUUCAACAGACUCCCUCCUCACCAGUGGACUGACUACUCAGACUGGUUGUCUUUGAACUCAAGAGGAUCACAAUGUUCAACAGACUCCCUCCUCACCAGUGGACUGACCACUCAGACUGGUCGUCUUUGAACUCAAGAGGAACAUAAUGUUCAUCAGACUCCCUCCUCACCAGUGGACUGACUACUCAGACUGGUCGUCUUUGAACUCAAGAGGAUCACAAUGUUCAACAGACUCCCUCCUCACCAGUGGACUGACUACUCAGACUGGUUGUCUUUGAACUCAAGAGGAUCACAAUGUUCAACAGACUCCCUCCUCACCAGUGGACUGACUACUCAGACUGGUCGUCUUUGAACUCAAGAGGAUCACAAUGUUCAACAGACUCUCUCCUCACCAGUGGACUGACUACUCAGACUGGUUGUCUUUGAACUCAACAGGAUCACAAUGUUCAACAGACUCCCUCCUCACCAGUGGACUGACUACUCAGACUGGUUGUGAGGUCACAGGAAAUAGAGUCACGUUUUGGAAAUUCAAUGGUCAUUAAAAAAUAAAAUCUGCAUUUACACUGUU